CCUCUCCGACCUCUUUCUGCCCUCACAGAGAGAGGUCAACACAUCGAACGUGGCGAUGCAAAACCUCAACUUGUCUGCUUCUGGGAGGAUUAUCCACUCGGCAGGGUUUCAGAAUCAUCCGCACAAGCUACAGGUGGUUCUCGUCGUCGUCGGAUGUUUGACAUUCUCAUAGCACAUCGUUGCGAAUUGGAAGUAUUCCGGAAGUCAAGAACAUGGCAGUUGUUUGACGCGGUUCAAAGUCACCCUGACCUCAGAGAAGAGAAGAGAAGAGAAGGAAGUCAGUCAGUCCAGACUGAUCAUUAUUUCAGAGCCUCCAGAGUCUGGAAACUCAACCCAGCUCAAGAUCUCCACUGCAGCAACGACGACGAGCAGGUGGACGAACUCUCCAGACGGAAAGCAGCUCUCGAGGUCGAGCAGAAUGGUUUACUACUGUGGUAUGAGCAGUAGGCAGUAGAGACAGGUUCAACCCAGUCCAUCACGCUUCACGAUGUUUAGACCACCCCACACGCCGACCAUUCCCCUCUUGGGUGUUGACUGGGUGUCCACAUGGUCGCAUCCAUCUCCUCGCACAGAGGUACCAGUCUCGGGUUACAGAAGCUCCUAGAAGUUGGCAAUCGUCAUUGUCAAAGUUCUUCGUAAGUCAGAUUCAUUAGCUUCGGGAGAUCUUGUCGACAGCAUUGAUUAAGUGAUCGGGUGAUCCGCGCUCGUACCAGAAUCUCCAGAUCGUGACUGGCGGCUUCGAAUUGAAGGAAGGGCGAUCGGAGGAAGUCGGUUGCAAAUUCCGUACUUCCUUGGAAAGAGGGAGGACUGCGAUCGCUUCGGAGGAGGACAUCGGAUUGCACGAGAGCCAGAAUGGUGCAUCUCGGAGAAAGCGUGUCUACGUUUUGUGGGAGCUUGAUGUGGAGAAUCAAGAUGACGGCCAUCGCGAAGCUCUUGGAGCGCAUCAAGAAACUGUCGAAGAAAACCCAGAAAGCCCUCACGUCCGAUCCAGGGGCCGACUGUUGCGAAAUCCGACCUGUGCUGCGCAGCAUUUCUAACUGAAGAGCUCCAUAAUCGGCCUAGCCGAAGGUCCUGAACCCUUCCAUCCAUCUCGACCCUUGUCUCGUUCCUUCUCGGCGAGCAGGUUUUACAAUUAACUGAACCAUGGCGGAUGCGCAUCUGCCAAUCGCUGGAACUCGCCGCUCGACUUCGAGAGGAGAUGCAGCUGCCGCAACCCUCGGCAGCAUCGAGAUCCAUGGAUAAAGCAGGACUCGUAGCCAGUGCUCCCAAAUUCGGCGCACGGAGUCCUGGCAGCAAGAUUCCUCACUCUCAAACCCCUCGUCCCCUCUCUAUUUUCGAUAACAACAUUUCCUCCAUGUCUCUGCCACAAUAAAGUACACACAUUCAUCAAAUUCCUCCCAGCUCGAGGGCCCAGUCGCCGGCCCUCGGCAACUGCCAUCGUGCAGCUCAUCCCUCGCCUUCGAUUCCAUUCCUCCAUCGCAAGUUGCUUCCCACUCGAAUAAAGGUCGUUCUCAGUCGAGAGCGCCCAAACGCCCUCUGCUUGCUCCCCAAUCUCAGCCUGCGUCCGAUUGUUGUCAGGACGGUGCGCUUUCUGAGCCCGUGGGCGCAAGCGCAGGGUUUCCGAGUCAGACGUCAUCUCUUAAAGCUUUAAAAAUCCAAUUCCCGGUCGAGACAAAUCGUGGACCGUGCUCCGAUGAUCGGCCGAGAUAGCCCGGCCUGCAGGCCUAUUAUGGCUGUCUGUCUGUAUGCCACGUCAAGUGAUGUCCCCCGCGUCACGUCGUUUCGUGCGCAUCUUCGUCCUGCCAUUGGACGAUCGAUCGACGAGAGCAGCACCCCCCACCCUCCCCUCUCCCUUCUCUCUUCCUCCUCUUCCUCCUGCCGCUGCCGACCUCCAUCAAAUGUCGCCACAGCCAUGUCCCCGAUCCUCGGCACAGAGCAGACAGAGACCCAAGGCCUGCGAGUGACAUCGAAUUCGAUCGCCGCGGGGCACGAGGCAGCGAAUCCCUCGUUCUCGUUCUCGUCCUCGUCCUCGUUCAAGAGACGAUGUCGAAAGCUCCAGGCUCUCCGGCUGCAGCCAAGAAGGGCGCUGCGAGCCCUCCGGGCUCACCUGCGGCCGGGGUGAGGAAAGCAUCGGAAGGAUCGGCCCCGGGCUCCCCUCCGGCAGCAGCAGCAGCAGGGAAGAAGGGAUCGAAGGCAUCGAUGGCAGCGGCGCAAUCGCUCGCAGAUGCAGAAGCAGCAGAAUUAGCAGCAGCAGCAGCAGCGAGAGCAGCACCGGAGAGGAUUUCGUUAUCUCGGGAGCCGACGCCGCUGCUGCCAGCGCCGGUACUGCCUCUGCCGCAAGGGAUUUCGGACAUGGUGCACGCGGAGGACAGCGAGUUCCGGGAGAGGGCGGCGACGGCGACCAGGGCCGAGGUUGCGCCAGCGACCUCGACGCUAUCGUUCAUGGCGGCGGGCGCGCUGGCCGAGAUUCAUCGGGUCUUCAACCGCUGCGAGAUGAGCCGCAACGACCCGGCGAAGAAGCUGGUGCGCGCCAUCAUGCUGGCGCGAGGGCGCGCCAUCGUCCUGCACGGAGUGGGGCGCGAGGGGCUGAUGAUGCGCGCCUUCGCCAUGCGCCUCUUCCAUCUGGGCCUCGGCGCCGCGUGCCUGGGCGACAUGACGUGCCCCAAGCUCGGCCCCGGCGACCUCUUCAUCGCUAGCGCCGGCCCGGGCGAGUUCAGCAGCGUCAAUGCGCUCAUGCUCACGGCGCGCGAGGCCGGCGCCACCGUGCUCCUCGUCACGGCGCAGCCCGAGGGCACCGCGGCCAAGCUCGCGCACGAAGUCGCCUGGCUGCCGGCGCAGACCAUGAAGGACGAGGACCCCGCGGCCGGGCAGCUGCCCGUCGAUCGUCCUUGGGACCGCCACUCCAUCCCGGGCCGUCCCAUGGAGCAGCUGCACGCCUUCCAUCGUUCCUACAAGCCGCUCGACAUCCUCGACGAGCCCCUGCCCGCGUCGGCCCCCGGCAUGCUCGACAAGAAGCGCAAGGACGACGCCAAGAAGGCGGCCGCCGCCAAACUGGAGGACGACACUCGCAAGGGCCAGGCCCCCAAGGACUACUCGAAGAUGAACAAGGAGAAGUCUCUCAAGAAGAAAGGCGCCGCCGGCGACGGCCCCCCCUCGGACGACGACCCCAAGUCCCCCAAGUCUCCCAAGUCGCCCAAGUCUCCCAAGGGCGAGCUGGGCGUCGUCGGGGUCCCGUCCCCCGAGCCCAUCCCGCACUACAUGAUUCCCCUCGAGGGCAAGCACAUCGAGCGCGAGGUCAUCGUCGCCUGCAAAGGUGAUCCCGAGUAUAUCUGCCUGCUGGCCGAGAACAAGAUUCUGCCCAUGGGCAGCUUGUACGAGGGCGCCAUGUACAUUCUCUUCGAAAUCGUCACAUUCAUUCUCCGCAUGAAGCUGCACGAGACGGUCGAAGGGAUGGUUUCUCGUCACACGAACAUGGAGUGAUGAUGAUGCCUUUCCAUAAUGGUCUGUUCUGUCAGGGUUUAUUAGCAGGCGGAUGAUUCGGGCCUGCCACAGAUUCGGUUCGAUUGACUCUGAGCUGAAUUCUGAUUCUGAUUCUGAUUCUGGGUCGAGCUUCUUCUCGUCUGAUUCUGCGCACCUCCGAGUUGUAUAUAGUCACGGAUGUGGCCCUUGGGGUCCGUCGUAGGUAAUGUCGCGUCCUAGAGCAUUCGCAUUUUGUACAGUUUCUGAACGAGGGGAAGCAGGUUUUCUCGAGGCCGCUGUGAAGGCCGCCCGUUGGUUCGCAUUUGGAAAGUUCUAUCGAGGUCCGAGUGCAUUUGCCACGUCCAGUGUGCCACUCUGCUAUGCCAAGAGUCAUGACUCAAUUUUGACGAGCAGCUGGAGUUGCGACCGGGUGACGAUUCCGGGCCGAUGUUAAUAGAAAUUUGUCCCCUUCAACGAAGAUCCGAAAGUGUUUUCGUCGAGUCGUGUGCUGCUGAGCUCAUUAACCCUCUAUACUGAAAUGCCCACGUCCGUUUGAGGAUUGCCUCUGAUCGAUCGUCGACGCUCGGACGAAGACAUAUGAUACGCCAUCCGCUUGGCACGCCAGCUUUGUCUUAGAUUUUACGAUGUUAUGUACAUUUCAUGGAUGGUACCUCACGAAGCUCGUUGAUCAGCUGCUGCUGCUGCUGCUGCUCUGCAGAACGUAGAAACUCCGACUGUGACCACACCAGACCUGCCCGAAUGAUGGACGGCAGACCGGGCUCGUAAAUGCACGAGGUUUAGCAAUUCAUGUCCGGCUCUGCUCGCACUGCACACAGAAGAAGCAGAAAUUUG